GGAUUUUGAUUCACAAUGCUUUACAGUCUCACACAUUAUGGGCCGGUACAAAUGCUGGGGCCAUUUAUGUUUUCACUAUCUCUAUGCAUAAAGAAAAUAGAAAAUCAGAAUCAGUCACUUGUCAACUGGGCAAAGAGAUUCAGCUGAAACAUAGAGCUCCUGUCAUUGCAAUCCAAAUACUGGAUGGCAUGGGUCAUCCUCUACCUGAACCUUAUGAGGUAGAAAACAAGAGAGCCAAGUCACCAGACUUCAGUGGAACCCACAGAGUCAUCAUUUGCUCAGAAGAACAAUUUAAGGUUUUUACUCUCCCAAGCUUGAAACCCUACUGUAAAUUCAAAUUGACUGCGCAUGAGGGAGCAAGAGUGCGAAAAGUUGCUAUGAUCAAGUUUGUCAGCAAAAGUGAUGAGAACUACAGUGAGUAUUGCAUGACUUGUUUAUCCAAUCAGGGAGAAGUUAGCAUCUUCACAGUUCCAGACUUAAAAAGACAGCAAGCACACAACUGUAUAAAAAGAGAAGACAUUAAUGGCAUUUCCAGUGUAGUUUUCACAAAGACAGGUCAAGGCUUCUACCUUCAUUCCCCCUGUGAGUUCCAGCGAUUCACACUCUCUGCAAGUGAUAUUUUGCAGGCAAAAUGUAAAGUGGAUCUGCCUGAGGGAUGCAGGCCUCUCCUCAUUCUAUCAGAAGAGAAAGAAGUGAUGGAAGAAGAGUCCACAACAGAAACAGAUGAGCAACAACAAGAAAAAGCAGUGGAUGCUGUUACUGCUGCUGUAGAUUCUAUACAAUUGAAAGAGGAAGAGUCUGAUAGCAAAAUUGAAGUGAACAACACAUCACAGGAUGAAAGCAAAGGUGAACUAGACAUAACUGUUGAUAGUGUCAAGGAUCAUCUAACGAGUACAGUGAGUGAAGGUGUGACUACAGUACUGGAAAAGGUUGAGUCUUCUAAAGUUGUGCAGGAAAGUGUCACCAAAAUUUCCUCUUCUGUUGUGACAGCAAAAGAAACAAUUGUGAAUGCAAAAGAAACUGUCAUUAGCACCCCAGAAAAUGCUAAAGAAACUGUACUGAAUGCCACUGAAAAUGCUAAACACGCGUUCCUGAACUCAACAGAAAAUGCUCUCAAUUCCUUCACCAGUAAAAGUAGCACUAUUUCAGAAACAGUUGCCAGCACAAUUUCAAAUUCUGAAGCUGGCAGUGGGGUGGUGGCAGAGCAGGAUAAUCUAGCAGUGAAGGCUAUAUCUUCUUUGGGCCAAUCACCACGCUCAAAAAAGAAUAAAGCACCCAAAGCUCCAACUGCUAAUUUGGAAGAAUUCAAUCACAUGGAUGAAUCACAUGAUGUGAUUGCAUAAAAGAACAUCUUCUGCUGCUGCUCAAUACUCUUAUUUGUAUUUUGUUGAAUGUGAUUAUGGAAACCUAUUUUUUAUAUCUUUUUUUUUAAAUAUAAUUUAAACUUUUUGUUUAAUUUUAAUGCAAAAUCCUGUGUUGGAAAUUUUAAAAUAAAGGCUGCAUUUUUAAGUUUCAAACUUGAGGCAUUUCAGUGAGUGAGUUGUGCAAGUUUUGAAAAUGUUCAAACUACAAAUGCAUUUUUUAAGUAUUGAAUACAAUACUUUUCCUACCAAGUGUUAUUGCCUUUUGAAUAACCUGGGGAAGGGACAGACUUUCUUGCAAACUAUGUUCUUGCUCUUAAAAAAUAAAUGUUUUCUAAUAUAGCAUUUAUUUUUGGAUGGUAUAAGAAAAUGCAAUAAUUUUAAUUGUUCAUCUUAAUAAUGAAUUAAUCAUUGUGUGUGUGUAUCAAUAAUGGAAAACUGUUACUUAAAAAUGUUACUCAUCACACUAUUUUUAGAAAGGUUUAUUUGGAGGAUUUUACUAUUUUGUAUUACAUUUUAAAAAUGAUUUAUAAUUUUUUUAUGGGCUUUUCAAAUCCUCGAAUUAUUUGUCUUUGUUGUAAUUUAUGAAUAUCAUUUGCAGCUAUUGUAAUGCAUUCUAUUUUAUAUUUUCCAAUUUCUUUAAAGAUGUCUUUUUUUAUUUUAUUUCAACGCUGGUGGCGGGUUUGCCAGUGUUUGUUUUGAAGUCCCUCUUUGUGACUUUUUCAUAUGGCUAAUAAAAUUUAAAAUGUUA